GUGGAGAAAAUCGUUCCUCCGUCCAAAACUAACGCCGGGAUUUUGCUACCCGAGAAAUCCAGUAAGCUGAAUUCUGGAAAAGUUAUUGCUGUGGGCCCUGGCAUUCAUGAUAGAGAGGGAAGGCUAAUUCCUGUAGCUGUAAAGGAGGGUGACACUGUCCUUUUACCUGAAUAUGGAGGAUCAGAAGUGAAGCUGGGUGACAAAGAGUAUCAUUUAUAUCGUGACGAGGACCUACUGGGAACGUUGCAUGAUUGAUGUUGUUAUCGCCUUUGAAAGAUUAGUGGACUCAGCCUCUGCUGCGAAAUUCUGAUUAUAUCAAAUUCUGCUGUU